AUGGAACUACGAACGAGGCCACUGGUCUUGCUCAUCUCGACGUGCUCCUUGGCCGUAUUGACAUGUUUCUAUCUCUUCCCUUUCAGCAAUACUGGUAUCGAUGACCGACUCCGGACAAAACAGAAAAACAGCUUCCAAGCACCCAAGGAGAACAUCUGGUCAGAGCUGUCAAACCAGGAAGCCAAAGACGUCUACGAAUUCGUGUUCGACGAGCUCUCAUACCUCAAUCUAACGAAACAUCCAAAGAGCAACCGGGAGAACUUCAUCGUCGUACUAGAAACUCUUCGUCCCAACAAGACCGAUGCCGUCCCCUAUCUGCGCGACGAUGCUGCCAUUCCGGAACGAUGGGCAAUGGCCAGGGUAGCGCAGGUCAUGGAAGACGAGCCUUAUAUGGUCCACUACAUGGUGGGACCGCUGCCCGUCGGUUCAGACACCCAGGUACUGCCACUGGACUACGUCUUCAACUCUGGGCGCAAUUAUGUCGCAAACCCCGUCCAGGACUUCUUUGCAAUCAUGGAAUUCGGAUUGUCGCUGGCUGAGAAUGUGUCUGAUAUCACUCAAGAUCUGCUUGGCGCUGUGGUCAAUCGAAACGACCCGUCAGAUCCGAAGGGACUGCUCUGCUGGCCGCGGCCUUCUAGAAUUGAGCGCGGUGGGCUGUCGAUGUGGUUUGAGUUCUUCAGGCCUGGAACUGCUUCUGGUGCUCGGACUAUCCUACCACAAGGGAUAUACGUCAAGGUUGAUGCUAGUAGCCACAACACUGAUGACUGGACAGCCGGGCAGUUCUAUUACAACGGAUAUCUAUACGACACUGAGAACGACUUCCGCAAAGCGUGGCAAAAGCCAGACUUCUCCCGCGCCGGCAUAAACCAAGAUGGGUCCUGGACGGACACCGAGGAUUUCGAAUCUAAACCUGCAGGGCGAGAGCUGCCGCCGCCGGUCGCUGUCCAGCCGUAUGGUCCCAGAUAUAGACUGGAUAAAGAACAGAAAUUCGUUUCCUGGUUCGGCUUCGAGUUCUACAUCACCACCGCCCAAGCCACCGGGUUGACACUCUUUGAUAUCAGAUUCAAAGGCAAGCGGGUGAUGUACGAGCUCGGCCUCCAGGAGGCCAUGGCACAUUAUGCUGGCGAUGACCCAAUGCAAGGCGGGCUUGAGUUUAUGGACUCUUUCUUUGGGAUGGGACUGAACAUGUUUGAGCUGGUGCCUGGCUACGACUGUCCGGCAUACGCAGACUACCUGGAUUCGAGGUUCCAUCAGACGACUCACUCCUACGAGCAUCCGAACUCGAUCUGCCUGUUUGAGUAUACUGCCGAUCAUCUGCUAUCUCGCCACAGUGCGCAGUACUCAGUCACGGCUUCGCGGAACACCUACCUGGUCGUCAGAUCGGUUUCAACGGUAGGCAACUACGACUACACCAUCGAAUACAUCUUCUACCUCGACGGCGCUAUCGAAGUGAAGAUACGGGCAUCCGGGUUCAUCUUUGGUUCGUUCUUUGCACACACGAAUGAAGACGAGUACGGCCAUCGGAUCCAGGAGGCUCUCUCCAGCAGUAUGCACGACCAUGUCAUCAAUUUCAAAGCGGAUCUGGAUGUUGCCACACAGGAAAAUGACAUAGUUCGGCUGGCUUGGGAGCCGCUGACGAAGAGCUAUCCCUGGGAUGGGCCAGAGAUCGAAGAGAGGAAUACUAUGCAUAUUGUCGAGUAUCCUGUAGAGAAGGAGACGGCCAUGGAUUGGCCAAAGAAUGGUGGGGAGUUCUAUGUCGUUAUGAGCUCGGAGGAGAAGAAUGCUUGGGGCGAGCGCAAAGGUUACCGAAUCGCCGCUGGCACUGGCAUGGGCUCGCCGCCUCAUCUCACCAUCCUUAACUCGACUACCCUCGGCGACAGCGCCAGGUGGGCCGAACGUGACCUCUGGGUCCUGCAGCGCAAGGACAAUGAGCCUCGCUCAGCCGACCCACUCAACUACUUCGCGCCGCAUGAUCCCUUGAUUGAUUUCACGAAGAUGGCAAAUCACGAGACGCUGAAGCACGGCGAGGGUUCGGAGUAUGACGGCGAUUUGGUCGUCUACUUCAACUUGGGGGCGCAUCAUUUGCCACACAGCGGCGACAUCCCCAACACUCUCAUGCACACCUCCGCCUCCAGCGUCAUGUUCGUCCCGCACAACUUCGCCGACCGCGACCCCAGCCGCGAAAGCGUACAAGGCGUCCGCUUGCAGCUCAAAGGCAAGAAGGGGAGUGGUGGCUUUGCAGGCGAGCAGAGCGAAGCCGCGAGCGGCGAUCUGAGGACUCGUGUUGCUCGACGGGCUGAAGCGGGUGAGGGGCACAAGGCGAUGUAUUUUGGUCAGACGUAUGAGGAGGGUAUGAAGUUGCCACUGGAGGCGUUGGAGCCGGAUUUGGUGGGUCGGUUCGAGAGUGAGGAGAUUGGAGUGACGGAUCUGGGUUUCAAUGGGAGUGCGGCAGGGCUGUGGGAGAGGGAGCAGUGA